AUGGUCAUCAAGACAGAACCUCCCAAGCUGGAACUAGGCCAGCGUAUUGCGCUCGACCACUCCAGGGGUACCGUUCGCUUCCUCGGCGCCGUCCCUCCUACCAAAGGAGAAUGGAUCGGAGUCGAAUGGGACACCGAAGAGCGUGGCAAGCACUCUGGAGAGCGUGAUGGUAUCCAGUACUUCACCUGCAAAUUCCCAGGCACAGGCAGCUUCACACGUCCAUCGCCCAACAUUAACGUUGGCCAGACCCUCCUCGAGAUCCUGAAGGAACGCUAUGUCGACGAGGAACUGACCGUAGACGACCUCUAUCUCGGAGAAACAAACGUCAAGGUCGACAUCUAUGACUUUGAUCGCGUCAAGAAAAAGAAUAGUCAGCUCCACUUGAUGCAGAUUAUUGGACUAGCCAACACUAACGUUAGCACGGCCGCUGACUUUGACGAGACCCAAAAGGCUUGCCCAGAGAUUCAGGACCUUGAUUUGUCUUCGACUCUGAUCGCAACUUGGCAAGACCUUGCCGACAUUGUUGCCCCCCUCUCCAAGUUGACAGUUCUCCGUAUCAGUCGAAACCGUUUUCACCCACUCACAGCUCAACCAUCGUUCGAGUACGCGUUCAAGAACAUCCGCUGCCUCGCCAUGAACCGUAUUUUUAUCUCCUGGGAUGAGAUGAACAUGUUGGAACCAUCAUUGCCUAACCUCGAGAUUUUGCAGAUUGGUUUCAACCUCUUUACCGAGCUCGGCAAAUCGGACGAGUCGACUCCAGUAGAAGAUCAAAAGAUCAAGGGCUUUGUCAAACUUGAAGACCUUCAUUUGGAGGGCAACAAGCUUGUAGACUGGAACCAGAUCCUCCGCCUCUCUCGCUUGCCCAAGCUGAAGUCGCUUGAUUUGUCGGAGAACAGGAUUGCGAAUGUCAUUGGACCACGCGACCCUGAGGAUUUCAAGCACUUGGAGUCAUUGCGCAUCAAUGACAAUGAUCUCAAGGAGUGGUCGAGCAUUGACCAACUUGGCCUCUACACUUCGUUGAAGUCGGUCUGGAUCCAAAAGAACCCUGUCAUGACUCAAGCUGCUGAAGACGCGACUGCAGACAACUCUGGCAAACCAGACGUGAGAACCAUCACUAUUGCUCGUAUGGCUCACAUUGAUCAGCUCAACGGAACAGAGAUUUUGAAGAAGAAUAGGAUUGAUGCAGAGUUGUAUUACCUCAAGAAUGCGGCGUUUUCGAAUGUUGGAGCCGAGCUAGCGACCAUCCAAGCUCUUCACCCUCGUUUCGAGCAACUUUGCGAAAUUCACGGACGCCCUGACACCAGUGACGAAAGACGCAAAGCUACCAGCGACCUUAUCAAGGAUCGCCUCCUCAACAUCACAUUUGUCGCAAAGGACAAAAUCGACGGGCCGGUCAAGGCAUCUGUCCAGCGCGGAGUGCUAGGCUCAAUGACGGUCAGGAAUGUCAAGAACUUGGUCCAAAAGCUGUUGCGUAUUUCCGCAAUGCGUCAAGUGCUCCUGUUCAUUGCUGAGGAUCCCGUCUAUGCAGGUGUCAUGCACAAGGUCUUUUUGAAGGAUGAUUUGCGUAUGCUUUCCCAUUAUGAUAUCCCAGAUGGCACGGAGGUCAUUGUCCUCAACCAGGCAAAGUAG